AUGCGCUUCUCGGUUCCUGACAAGAAUCGAUGUGCCUGCGCACCCGGAUGGUACGACAAGUACUGUGGAUUACGUGGAUGUAUGCCACCGAAUGAGGAUCAUGUGAACAUUGACCUUCGAUCCCUCAUCAUAGUGUUUAAUACGAAGACUUCAAUGAAGAGCCAGCUGGAUGCCUUGAAGACAAAUUUCAAAGAAAUGAUCUCAAGAAUGACAAAAGAUGCAAAUGGUGUUUAUGAUAACUGGAUUGAAAGUUUCAUUGUCUAUGGUUUCGUCAAUGUCCAGUCCCAACUUAAAGUCCAAAGCAAAUUCAUGUACUCUGUUGACGACGUGGUCAAAUUUUUGAACAGCUUCACACUUUAUGAUGGAGACGACUCCCAACCUGUGAUCACAGCAGUCCAGGCUGCUCAACAAACAUUCCCUAAACAGAGAUCCCAUGCUACAGUACUUGUCUUCACUGACUCUCCGUCUUCUGACGCAACACCAUGGUCCCACAGAUUCACUGACCAGAAUCCCGAGCAGCUCGUCCUUCAGAUCUCACUUCUUUGGAAAUCAAGAUACACAUUCUUCCUUUCCUUACCAGCUGGAACUGACUACACAUCAAAUGGUGUCGAUGUCUAUCGCCGUCUUGCUCUCACAAAUCAUGGAGACACAUUCUUCAUUCAAGACAUCAAUGAUUUCACCAAAGCACUUCUAUCAGUGAUUGGAUCCCAAUAUUACUCUGAAAAUGUGGCAGUUGCUUAUGGAAAAACUGAUGACGAGACAUUGACAACUUAUGUGGAUAACGCGGGGGAUACUGUUUACUUUUUAAUCACAAUCGACCCGUCAACUAAAUCCACUUUACCCACUAUGGCUGGUGUGAACCUUUACGCAGAGGGACCAUCUUAUAGACUCUACACCAGAUCCAGUAGAAUCGGCGAUACCGUAACCAUCUCCAAUACCCCUGGCUCCAAGUACAACUAUAGAAUGUUCUUGCAAUCUAAGCGGACUCUUAUGAUUUUCUACAACGAUGACAUGUACAUUGAUGUUGGGAAUGGUAUGCCGGUUAUCGGUGUCGGCAUGUCUGCUACCAUGCAAACAUACAAUUUCCCUGAUUUUGAAAGUAGCUCAUAUGAAUUGAGAACUUUUGAUGGGCGGUUCCUCCGAGAGAAAAUUUACUCCUACGUGAGACCCCAACUGGAUUGCACAUUCCUCUACGGAUUCCCAUCUUGGGACUCUGGAAAUUGUCCACCAGGUCCAGCGACCUCCGUCCACGUGUUCUAUUACAAUGGAUACAAACAACAAAGAGUGUCGACGGCAUACUGUAUCACUAGUAACCACAAUCCCCAGGACACUUACUUCCACAACAUUUUGAAGUCUCCUCAAGAUAUUUACUCAAUGGCCAGAGAGAAACAUGAACUUCAAAUGGUGAAUGAAAUUUCACAAGCUGAUGUUCUCCAGUGCAAAGAGAGAAGUAUUGAUGCUAUCAAUGACCCAAGACUGAAAGAAGCAAAGCAACUCAUAUUCAUUCUGGAGCAACACAUGGACAACGCUCAGAUCUAUAAAACACUGGCGAAAGAGAUCAAUCAAAUAAUCUACUUGACAAACGCCACCAACGCUGACACCUACGACUGGGAAUUCACAUUGAUUUCUCAUGAUUCAGCAGAGUCUCAUGUUAUCUUGAGUGCCUAUAACCCAAUAGACUUUGGGGAGAAAUUCCAGAAAUUUGUGAAUAACCUUCAACUAUUGAAUAACCUGCAGAACACUAUGGGCCUGUUAUCUAUCGUUCAAGCCCAAAAGAUCACAUUGAGGCCUACAGCUCAAGUGUAUUAUUUCACUAAUCAAGCUGUGAAGAGUGUGCAGAAUGUUGCGAGAACAUGGGAUAUUGUGAGCAGAAAUAUGGAGGUUAACUUCAUCACUAUUGCUGAUGGAGUCACCACUGAAAUUUUCGCUCUGCCAAAGGAAUUAGAGCUAAUCCAGAAAAUGACAAAUGGACGGAUUAUUCCAAUCACAAAAACUGAGACAACGUUGCUUCCAUUGUUCAAAGAUAUGAUUGGUGUGACAGCAUUGACAACAGAUAAUGAGCAAUAUAACUGCCACGACACCCCUCUCGUCAUCGAUGGUUUCUUUGAAGACGGCGCGGAUUACUCGGUGGUACAAGUGGUUGGAACAGGGCUGAAAACUGUUCAGAUGCAAGACUCAAACGGAGCAAUUGUUGGUGUCACCGACUACAUCACUUAUCAAAAUCCCAACUUUGUUUCCAUGAGAGUUGAUAAGUCGAAAUUCGCUAGUGGGGUCUGGAAAAUUUCUGCGUUGACUGCCACCGGUGGUUGCCAGAUUACAGUAAGACACAAGACUACAGUAGGAAUGAUUCUCGGAUUCACUUCUUCUAAUACCGAUGACGCCACAGUGACUUCACAGAUUAUCACUCAGAGAAGUAAACUGGAUAGUCUCCCACUUUAUGCUGCAAUGAAAGUCACCGACGGAAUUAUUCCAACAAAUCUAGAGAUACAAAUCGUUAACAGAAAGCGAUACGAUCAACCACAAAGCUAUACAAACUCAACUGUCAUCCAAAGAGAUUCCAAUUCUUGUACCUACAACUUGUUAUCAGAAAGCAUUGUGGUCCCGAAGAAUGAGCUGACAACGUGGACAGUCACUGCAUACAACAAUGCUGGAAAACUGGUGCUUCACAGAAUAUUCUAUUAUUAUCAACACCUUCCUUCAGACGCGUCGGUAUGCCACGGUGGGGAAACUGAUAAGUUCGGAAGAUGCAUUUGCCCGUAUAUGUACACUGGAGAGUACUGUUGGGAUAGGUUAUGUGUGCCACCUGCCACUUUGUCGACUGGAAUCUGUUGCUGCACUUCUGGUGUGCAUGGCGACUUUUGUGAAGUUGUGAUUUGGUUCCAGGCAGAUAACAGUACCCAGCAACAACUACCUGCUUUACCUACUUCCAAUCCAUCUACCACAACAAUUCAAACGACAACAAAAGUUUCAGCAACCAGUUUCUUUAUCCCUUCAUUUAUCUUUGCAUCACUUUUAUUGUUUUUACUUUAA